AAAACAUCAACCCAGAAAGCUAAAAUCACUUAUUUUAAUAAGAGAACAACAUAUAAGUUAAAUUUUUCAUUAACUAUUCAUAAAUAAGUUUGCAAGUAUAUAUGUGCAAUUGUUCCAAGUUUUGGGUUUCGUCCAUCUGCAGGCGCAAAUACUCAACUACAUUUUCUUACCUUUGACUAGCCGAAAUCUGUUGUUUCUUUAAACUCUUACAAUACUUUUUUUGGGUCAUUAAUUUCCUCAAAACAUGUUUCAAUAAUUUCUCCAUAAAACUCUGAGUUUCGAGAAAAAAGAAGAUCAGAUUUUGUCAAUCAUGUCAGAAGAGGAAGCUGACAAAUUUUUUUGCUUUGCUUUGUUUAAUCUACUGAUCCUCAUUACUGGGAAGCUUGCGGUUGGAGACUCAUUAGAGACAGACAGGCAGGUAUUGCUUCAACUGAGGUCACUUCUGUCAGAACAAAAUCCAGUUAAUCAAGGAAGAUAUACACAAUGGAAUCCACGGGAUGACUCACCCUGCGACUGGCCCGGGAUUAUGUGCGAUAACCUCGAGAAUCGUGUCACCAGGGUCGACCUUUCGGGCUGCAAGAUGUCGGGUAACAUAUCUACUAACUUUUCUGCCUUGAAACAACUUUCUUACCUCGACCUGUCGCAAAAUACCAUUGGAGGGAUCGGACUAGAAGAUUUAGCCCGGUGUGUGAACCUUAAGUUCCUGAAUUUGUCACAUAAUAUUAUCACUGGAGAGUUCAACUUGACAGGGCUCAGCAGCCUGGAGAUUCUUGAUCUAUCCCUUAAUAGAAUUAUUGGUCAUAUUGAACUAGCAAUUCCUCAAAAUUGCCAAAAUUUGAAAGUGGUGAAUAUUUCUUCAAACAAUUUAACUGGCGAAGUUGGAAGCAUCUUCAAAAAGUGCUGGAAUCUGAAGUAUCUCGAUCUCAGCUCGAAUAAUUUGACUGGAGAUAUAUGGCGUGGUUCUGAUAGACUCGAGGAAUUUUCAGUGGCACAGAACAAUUUCUCUGGCAAAGUUCCCUCGGGGAUUUUCACUCGGAAUUGUAGUUUACGGAGUUUUGAUUUGUCUGAAAAUCAUUUCUUUGGAGAAUUUCCUGCAGAAAUUUUCAGGUGCAAAGAUUUAGAAGUUUUAACAUUGCGGGAGAACAAUUUUACAGGGCUAAUUCCUGAAGAGAUUGGAUCGCUAUCUAGUCUGGUGGCACUUUACUUGGGGAAUAACAAUUUUAGCAGGGAAAUUCCAGAGUCUUUAACAAAUCUUAGUAGCUUGGUUUUUCUUGAUUUAAGCAGAAACAACUUUGGAGGAGCUAUACAAGAUAUUUUUGGGCGAUUGGUGCAGGUGAAAUUUCUCUUGUUGCAUGUAAAUUCAUACACUGGAGGGCUAUAUUCUUCAAGAAUUCUCCAACUGCCUAACAUUACACGGUUGGACUUGAGUUUCAACAAUUUCUCUGGUCCAUUGCCUGUUGAAAUUUCCAGGAUGACAAGCUUGAGGUUUCUCGUUCUUGCCCACAAUCACUUCACAGGAAAUAUACCUUCAGAAUAUGGAAAUCUCAAAGGGCUUCAAGCCCUAGAUCUUUCCUUCAAUCAGUUAAACGGGCCAAUACCAAAAAGCUUGGGAAAUUUAACCUCGCUUUUGUGGUUAAUGUUUGCUAAUAAUUCAUUGACAGGUGAAAUCCCUUCAGAACUGGGAAAUUGCAGCAGCCUUUUGUGGUUGAACCUGGCAAACAAUCAACUUUCAGGGAAAAUCCCACCUGAAUUAACAAACAUUGGCAAGAAUGUGACUCCUACUUUCCUUAAAAACAGGCAAAAUGAUAAGAUCACAGCUGGAUCCGGGGAAUGUUUGACAAUGAUGAGGUGGAUACCAGCAGAUUAUCCCCCGUUUAGCUUUAUAUAUAAACUCCUUACAAAGAAAAAAUGCCGAAGCCUUUGGGACCAGAUUCUUAAAGGAUAUGGUCUACUUUCAGUGUGCUUACCGGGAACAAAUAUUCGGACUCUUCAGAUAUCUGGCUACGUCCAACUUAGCGGUAAUCAGCUAUCUGGUGAGGUCCCUCUCGAGAUUGGAAACAUGCUGAAUUUUAGUAUGGUGAAUUUGGCAUGCAAUCAAUUAUAUGGUAAAUUCCCUCCCAAGAUAGGACGUUUGCCACUAAUAGUCCUUAACGUUUCGCAGAACAAUUUUUCUGGCGAAAUUCCAUGGCAAAUUGGCAACCUCAAGUGUCUGCAGAAUCUGGAUUUGUCAUAUAACAACUUCUCAGGUUCAUUUCCUAUUAGCUUGAAUAACUUGAAUGAUUUGAGCAAGUUUAAUGUCUCCUACAACCCGUACGUUUCUGGCGUAAUACCAACAACUGGACAGUUGUCAACUUUUGAGAAAUGGUCGUUCCUCGGGGAUCCACUUUUACACCUUCCUUCUUUCAUUAAUAACACAACUAACAACAAUUCAGGAAACAAGAAUGGAAAGGCUAAAAGGACGACAGAGCUAGGUGCUACUCUGGUGGUUCUUGCUUUGAUACUCACUUUUUUAGUAUGUGGGCUUGUGUCUGUCAUAGUCUGCCUCUUGGUCAAAAGUCCAGUAGACGCACCGGGAUAUCUACUGAAGGACUUGAAGGCUCAGCUCGAAUUUGCAGCAAGCUCGGAUGCAUCUUCUCCAUGGUUAUCAGGCAUGGUUAAGGUUAUCCGAUUGGAUAGAACAACCUUCACACAUGAUGACAUUUUGAAGGCUACUUGGAGCUUUUCAGAGAACAGAAUUAUUGGCAGAGGAGGAUCAGGAACAGUUUAUCGAGGAGUCUUGCCUGAUGGCAGGCAAGUGGCAGUGAAGAAACUACAAAGAGAGGGACUUGAAGGGGAAAGAGAAUUCCGGGCUGAAAUGGAGGUAUUAAGUGGGAAUGGCUUCGGUUGGCCUCAUCCGAACCUUGUGAAACUCUAUGGAUGGUGCCUUGAUGGAUCAGAAAAACUUUUGGUUUAUGAGUACAUGGAAGGUGGGAGUUUAGAGGAUCUUAUUACUGACAGAAUACACCUCAACUGGAGAAGGCGUAUCGAUGUGGCAGUAGAUGUAGCAAGCGCAUUAGUCUACCUACACCAUGAAUGCUUCCCGAGUAUAGUCCAUAGGGACGUCAAGGCUAGCAAUGUACUUCUUGACAAGACAGGAAAAGCCUGUGUUACAGAUUUUGGACUUGCACGGGUGGUGGAUGCUGGAGGCAGUCAUGUUAGUACAAUGGUUGCAGGAACAAUUGGUUACGUUGCACCAGAAUACGGUCAGACGUGGCAAGCCACGACAAAAGGGGACGUUUACAGCUAUGGGGUGUUAGCAAUGGAACUUGCAACAGGAAGACGGGCCGUGGAUGGUGACGAGGAAUGUUUAGUUGAAUGGGGGAAAAGAGUUAUGGGAGACGGACGACAAGGUUUUACUAGCAAUGUAAUCCCUGUAGCUCUACUGGUAUCUGGCCAAGCAGAGGGUGAAAAAUACAUGUGUGAAUUACUUCGUAUCGGAAUAUUGUGCACGGCAGAAAAACCCCAUUCUAGGCCUAAUAUGAAACAAGUUUUAGCCAUGUUAAUAAGGAUUUCAGGCAGCCAAAUGGAUUGUUCUCCAGAUAAGUGUCAAUAAUUUCAUUAGCAGAUCAGUUUUUACUCAAAAACGUAUAAAAAUAUAGCAGUCCUCUGUUGUGAUUCUUUCUGUAAUUAGACAGACAAAUUUACAUUCUUAAACAAAUCAUACUUAAUUUUGCUUGUAAAUUUCAUAUUAGUACUCAGAACAUAAUUUUUGGUGAA